CUUUUCGAUAUCCUAAAUAAUGUGUUCUAAGUGUUUUUUUUCUUCUGGAAACACAUAAAUAUGAAAACCUUAUCCCAAGGUAAUAUUUUGUGUUUGGUUAAAGCAUGUUAAAAUAUAUAUAUGCUUUGCGUUACUUGGCGUUCAUGUAUAGAAUAUACUAAUGAUCAUCUCUUUUAUCUGAAAUGGCCACGUCCCGUAUUUGGUCCCAAGCGAUAAAGCUACGCUAGGCUGGUCAAAGCCAGUCAAAGCUCGCGGCACGGGGAGGGAAAUAAAAUUCGAUUGAUUUAAUGUUUAAACCAAUCUGGAAUUGAGAGCGACACUGGGCAACUUGGUCUGAACCAUAAAUAAAACUGCAAAUUGCAAUUUGACUUGGUCUCAAUAGGGUUAUUGGGUCUGUUGUUUGCGCUUUGGUGUAGAUUGUCUGGAGGUUUUGUUUGGUACCCAAUUGUAUACAGCCCAAGAUAAUUGGACCGAACUAACUUAUCUGGACGCUUGGUCAUUGAUUUAAAACCCGAUCUCGUUCUACUCAUCCUCCUGCUUCAUUCACCUUCGUUCGUUGAUCUUAGCAACAUUGUUCUUGAUUGGCUCAAGUUUGAACUCCCUUAACUUGUAAGUUCUAUCCCAAUCCAGGGUUCCAAUUCUAUGUUUUAAUUGUAAGAUCGCAUGGUAUAUGAUAGGCUCAUGUGUGCUAAAGAUUAAAUGUGAAGGAAAUGGUCAUUUUGGUGAACAAAGUAAAGACUAGUGUGAUAAAAUGUUUAUAUAAGGAUACAUUAGUUAAUUUCUAAUUUGAUGAAGGCCGGGUAAGAAAUUAAUACUCUAUAGAUAUGUAUCAAAUUCUCAGAUGACCCUAGAGUGUUACAAAAAUUUGAAAAUGGAUUCUUCUAAUUUUAUUUAUGUUAAUUAUUUUCUUUUUAAAUAGAAAAAUUGCACAUAGAUAUAUAUUUAGAUAGAUCACAUGAGAGAUAAGUAUAACACAAGAUAUGAACAUAUCUAAAUAUAUUCUCUUAAAGAUCAUUUCAAUAUGUAUCAAUAAUACCCUACCAGAUGUAAAUGCAAAUAUAUUCUUCCUCUUUUUCUGCUAUACCAAACAUAUACACACGAAUUCGACCAGGUUUGAAUAUGGAUGAUAACAUAAUGAUGAAAUUGUAUAGUACUAAUACAAACUAUUAAAUUACAUUUCCCGGUCAAAUGUAAUCAUGUUAAAAGAAAUAACACAAUAAAAAAUUUAUUUACAUAAAUUAUUGUUUGGGAAUGGUUAUAAAUAAAUCAAAGGGGGAUAAUAUAAAUAUAUAAUGUAAGAAAGUCUUUAAAACCAAAAGGCCGGUGUGAGACAUUUUUUUCUGGCGUCUAUACAUAUAGAAGGGAGGAGAGAGAAGGAUAUAUGUAGAGAGAGGAAGUAUGGCUUGUUCAUCAUCUUCAUCAACAGUGUUAUGUUUGUUCCUGAUCAUCUCCACAUGUGCUCUCGUCUCUUCUGCUCGCCUCAGUCUUUCAUUUCCAGGAAAUGAACUGACGGUGGUGAGAGAACGGUCAUUGAUGGUGAGCACCAACGACUACGGAGAGCCUUCAGCUAACAGUAGACACGAUCCACCGGGUGGAGGUCGACGCCGCAGACGUUGAGAUGAUAUAUAACAAUCUAUCUUUCUUCUUCAUUUCCAUGUUUUACUUGCAAGCUUUCAAAUAAUAUGUAUACUGCGAGAGAAGUAAAAACACUUUUUAAGAAGUUAUGUAACCUCACAUAAAGAACAAAUUGUUUGCAUUUGUGUUAUUUGAUAUCGAUUUCAACUUAUUAUUUUUAAUAGAUUUCAUUUUUGUUUUGUAUAGUUCAUUUUGAGUGCGUGUGUGUGUUGUUAUUGCCGUUUAAUUUGAUUUCAUAUCAAUCUAAUAAUAUACGUCACGACUUUUGGAAUUGUUGUGACAAACAAAAUUUCAAGUUUGUAAACAUCUUUUCUUAUACAGUCACCACUUUCCUAAGAGAAAGGAUUCUUCUUGACUAAUAUUUUUUCUUCAAUUUCUAUCUAGCAUGAGCCAAGCUUCUUUGGUUUUUCACUUUUUCUUAUUAAUGUAAGUUUAUGAUCUUCUCUCUCUUCUCAGACUCCAAUUUUUAAGGGAGAGAAGGUGAUUUCUGGUAAACCGGAACUUCUUCUCCGAUCUCACCCAGGGGCGGAUCCAGUGAUGUGGCAUGUGCCCCACCCUAUUUUUUUCAUUAGUUAUUAGUGUAAAUUUGGUUAAAAUACAUAUAUGCUAAGCUUUUAGUUAUAAAAAAAUGGCUACGUGCCCCAUACCAAAAGCCAUCUUAGAUCCGUCCCUGAUUUCACCGGCUUUACACAUGUGGUGAGAAUGCUUUUGCACUAAAUCCUUUACCUUUCAGUAAUUUUCAUUAAAGAACUAAGGUCCUAUUUCAUCAAAAACAUACAGAUCUAGGGUACUAAUUUUGGAUUUAUAAAAACAUACAGAUUUUGAGUUUUUUCUUUUAAAAACUUUUUUUUCUCAAAAUUGAUCUUGUGUUGUUUUUUGUUUUUGUUUUUAAAUACAAGAUCAAUUUUGAAAAAAAAGAAGUUUUGAGCACAAGGCCUAUUAACUUAAUAAGCAGGCCCUGGUGGGCCAACCAAGAUAGAGUUCAGCAGUGAACUAUAUACGUCGCUGAUAUGUUCAUAUUGAAUGACUGACAUUCAUGUUACUUUGAUAGAAGUUUGUCUAAGAAGAUGAUUCGUUCAAUUCCUGUUUUUGUCUGAUUAUGUAUAUGACAAUGAUAUACUUUUAUCGUUCAAUCUCAGACGUUAUGCUAUCAAGCAGUUGAAUAAGGUGAGCAUUUAGAUUAUGUGAAAAGUUUUUUGUUCUUAUUUCCAUGGAAUGUUGCUUCCUCUAAAUUCUAUUCGGGUUUUAAUUUAAUUAGUCUGGAGUGCGGUUUGUUUGUUGUAUUGUGUGAAAUAUGUGAAACCUCAAAAGCUAACCUCGACGAUGGCACAUAAAUUCCUUACGGACUCUUAGGUGAUGAUUGUUUUCCUAGUUUUUAGAUUUUAGUUUUUGGUUUCUGGAUUUUAGUUUUCAUUCGGUUUUUAGAUUUUAGUUUUUGGUUUUUGGAUUUUGAUUUUGCAGUAGGUUUUGGAUUUUUGAAAAGCAUGAAUGGUGUAUGUAGAUUUUUGUUUUUAGUUUUUGGUUUUUGCUUUUAAAGCUAAUAGAAUGAAAAUAUUAUUCAAAGUAAAAUAUUUAAUCUGCAAAAUAAUAAAAUAUAAAAUACUGUUAUCAAAACACAUAUAAAUUUAUUUAAUAAAAUUAUUUUAAACAAAACUGUAGAUACAAAAUAAAACUGUGGUUAAAUGCAAAAAUAAUAUAUAUAUAUAUAUAUAUAUAUAUCUAUGGUUUGUUAUUUUCUGUAAAUUUUUAGUUUUUCUAAAACAAAUGAUAUAAAAAUAAUAAAGAUUUAUUUUAAAUUUUGGUUUUUUAUUUUAGUGUAGUUUUAGUCUAAAUAUAUUUUAUAACUUUGGUAAAAAUGUAUAAUUUUUUGUAAUUUAAAUAUUAUAUAAUAAAAUUAAAAGCUGAUUUAAAAAAAAAUUCCAGUGUAAUAAAUGUAUAAUACUUAUAACUAAAGAAAUUAUUUAACUUUUCUUUAAGAUUUAUGGUAUACAUAUUGACUAAAAAUUAUAAAUUAACUUACAUAAAAAUUAAAAUUACUUAAUUCAUAGAGAAGAUUAUUAUUUGUAAGUUUUUUUGUUUGUUUUCUAGAAGGGCAGAUAUAAUUAUAUAUAUGAAAAAUUAAUUUCUUGAAAGAAAAUGAAGUCAGUCGUUUGGAAACCACAAAAGCACAUAAAAAGUGGAUUUUGGUUUCUAUGUAUAAAAUAGUGUAGGAGUUGAAAAACUGGGUUCCCAAAAAUACAGGGAAUCUGUUUUAGUUAAAUCUUGAUUGGGUAAAAAGUAGCUUUUAGUGUCUCCGCUGGUAUCGGUCUUUCUCGUUUUUUGGGUGUAAAAUGUUAAGAAAAAUGUUUGGAAAAACUGCGGUGAGCGUGUCAUUCUCAUUUUGUUAUAGAACAAAACUUAGGUUCACUCUCUAGACUGGAUUUUUAAAUUCACCACAUCUCCUAUCACUAAUCAAAUUGUUACCUAGAUAAAUAAUAAAAAUAUUAUUUUUAAAAGAACAAAUCUAAAAUAAUAGAAAAAUAAUAAUGACGUCAAUUUUAAUGACGUUAACGCCGUUAUCUAAACCCUAAACCCUAAAUCUUAAACUUCAAACCUUAAAUUUAAAUCUUAAAAUGUAAAUCUAAACCCUAAACCUUAAACUCUAAAACCAAACCCUAUACCCUAAACCUUGGAUCCUAAACUCAAAUCGUAAAUCCUAAACCUAAACCCUAUACCAUAAAGGUUUGAGUUAAUGUUGAUGUUUUUCUUUUAGGGUUUAAGGUUUGGGUUUAAGGCCUAGGAUUUGGGUUUAUGGUCUAGGAUUUAAGUUUAGAGUUUACGAUUUGGAUUUAGGGUCUAGGAUUUAGGUUUAGGGUAUAUGAUUUGGGUUUCAAGUCUAGAGUUUGGGUUUAGAAUUUAGGUUGAGGGUAUAUGAUUUCGGUUUCAAGUCUAGAGUUUGGGUUUAGAAUUUAGGGUAUAGUAUUUGGGUUUAGGGGUUAGGAUUUAGAUUUAAGGUUUAGAAUUUAGGGUUUAAAAUUUAGGAUGAGUUUUGUUAGUGGUGUUAACGUUAUUAAAAUUGGCAAUCAUUAUUUUUUAUUAUUAUUUUAAUUUUUAUAAAAAAAUAUUAAUAAUAUUUUUAUUAAUUUAGGUGGUACUUUGAUUAGUGAUAAGAGUUGUGGUGAAUUAGGAUGAACCAAAAUUUUGUUCUUUGUUAUAUACUAGUGGCAAACCCCCGCGGAGCUUUGAUUUAAGUUGUUCUAUUUAUCCUGAAGUGUAUAAUAGUAUGACAAAUGUGUAUCGUAUUCAUGGUAGCAUAUGCCACUCUCGAGCUCUGAAUGAGAAUGAAAAUUUUCUCGAAAACAUUGAUGAAUUGAUAUAUGUGAGAGCUUGUUAGCUUGACAAUUUAGCAAUAUAAGAAUGUUAUUAUCAGCCUUCAUUUCAUUUUUAUAGUGAAAGAAAGAAUAUGAACGGUAAUUAGCAAUAAAGAACGGUUGCGUAGUUUCCAAAUAAGUUUUUUUUUGUGAUUCUUGAAAAAUACAGCGAAACAUAUCUACAAUGCUAGAUUAACUUUAGCUCAUGGUUCAAUUUUCUGGCAACAGUUACAGCACGAGCAGAAAUCCUUAACAAACAAAAAUAAGCAAAACCGCCACCACCGGUUCUAACCACUAAAAUGAGUAUCUCAUUUUUUAAAUUAGACCGUUUGAUAGAAUUGCAUAACUGUCUAACUAAGCAUUUGAAACCACAUGGGUGUUCUCGGUUUCUUGAUCUCUUUCUGAGCAUUUUGAAAUUCAAUCUUAAAACAUUGUGACUGAGAGAUAUUACUUGGACAGGAGCAAAAGGGAUAUUUCCAGAGCUGGUUCAUAUGGAAAUUGGCGUAUCUUACUCGAGCCCAGGGGCGGAUCUACUAAGGGAGUAGUGGGAUCUGACCCCAUUAAAAUGAACAAAUAGUUUGUUUUGUAUAAGAAAUACUAAAGAAUCUUCAGCUCAAUUGUUGUUAGUUCUAGUUCUGACCUCUAUAAAUUAGGGUUCAGUUCCCUAAUUGACACUUUUUCAGUAUAUUUUUGCAGAUUUCUUUUCUUAUUUAGUGACAUCUACAGUCCACGUAACAUAUUAUUAAGAAGAAUCAAAGCCCAUGUAACAUUUUUAAAGCUUAUUACAUUUUUAUAUAGUGAAAACACUACUUAUUCUUUAAAAAUACGGCCACUAUAAUACACUAUAACCCCGGUAAAAACAUUUCUAGAUCCGCCACUCCUCGAGCCAUUAGCUAGACAAACGAGUUAUAUGUCGCUAUCAACUGGUUUACUACUUUCGUCUUUGGCCGUGACAUUUUCCGUAUCUGAUUGUGUUUGAUUCCAAGUGUUUUCUUCUUAGUUUACUUUACACGGCGUGGUUUAUACAGAAGCACAAUAACAUAACUCCUGAGGGUAUUUAAAGUUUCUAUUUUUAUUGAAUUAUAAAAUAUUAGGGGUGUGUGAGGUGGUGUAUUUGUUGUAUUUUAUGUAUUUUAUGUUUGUUAUUAUUUUUUGUUAUGAAAAUGUUUGAAAGUACAGUUUUAUAUAUUUUUUGCUAUAGUUAAUUGAUGUUAUAGGAUGAUAUUAUCUUAUACCAAUAUUUUGAAUCCCGGUCCGGAUCCGCGGUUGAACCGAUAAAUCCAGUAAUCCGAAUAUAAUUCGGUUUGAGUUUUAUGAAGAAACCAUUAUUUAAAAACCCAAUAAAACUCGGAACUCGACAACCAGUUGAAUACUGGUCAAACCAAUAAGUAACUUUUAUUUAUUUUUUAAAUUCUUUAAUUAUGUUAUUAAAUUUUUUUAUUUAAAUUAAAAAAUGAGAUUUUCUGAUUUUACUUAUUUUUUUUCUGCUGCCGGAUAUCGACUAUGUAUCUUUUUCUCUUUUUUUUCUUCGUACAUCUCAUUUACACUAUUUAAUUUGUGAUUUAUUUGUUAUUUUUUAAGAUUUUGAUGAAGAUCCAUGCCAUUUGAAAAAAAUAAAGUGAACGAUGAUAAGGAAAACCUGAAUUAGUUGUUGUGAUUUGGUCGGUAUUAGUUUUUUUGGUUAUCGAUAUUCUAUUAUUAUAGUUUAAUUUUUAACUUUUGUUUUUUUAUUUAAAGUUUAACUUUACCUUUCACAUUUAAAUACUAUGGAUUUCAAGUAUUAAUAUUUUUUUAUUAGAUGUCAUAACGUCUAACUUGUUAAUUGUAAAAUAGUCUGAAUUAAAUUUUGAUGUUUUGUAUGUUAAAUGAAAUAAAAAUAAGAAAAUUUAAGUGUUUUCUAAAUAUUCUUAAAACAUAAAUAUGUAUUAUUUUUAAUACCUAAUAAGUUAUUAUUUAAUAAAUUUAAUUAAUAUAUUGAACUGCGGUUCGUCCGCGGUCCAUCGAGUAAUCCGAUGAUCCGGUAAGGUUCAGUGUCCGGUUUCGGGUUUCAAAACAUUGCUUAUACUUUAUACAUUAUUUGUUUGUAUGAAAAUGUGCAGUAUAUUUUGUAUUGUAUUUAAUUAAGAUUUUACUGCUUAUGAUAGAUAUUGUUGGAGCUUAAUUGGUGCUUACGUAGUUAUCUAAUAUAACGUAAGACAAGAGAUUGACCCGCACGCCAGUGCGGAUGCUAAUUUUUACGGUUUUAUAAAUUUUUAUUCGUUAUUUUAUAAUUAGUGUAAGAUGUGUCGUCGUAUAACUAAUUGUAUUCAAAAGAUUUGGACUGAAUCUGGUAAAAAGAUUAUUUAUCGUACAAUUAUAGUAACCCAUUUCAGAUACAUUGGUUAUUUAGAUAUUUUUAUGUUUCUACACAUCAGAAUCAAAAUCAUUUAGACCCGGGAUGAUCCAACUCAAACCUCAUACAUAAAUUUAUAAUAUCCAAGUGGCGCCUAAUUUCAAAAUCCAAAAAAAUUAAUCCCGAAAGAAACAACUUGUACCUCAAUGAGUAUUCGAAUGUCCAUACUUAACUGAUUCUGCAAAUAAAUUAAAAAGAAAACUCUUUUUAUAUAUUAGGCAAAAAUAAGAAAAAUAGAAAGAAUUUUUUAUUUAGGAAAAUAGUUAUAU